AUGGGUCUCGGCGUGCAAGACGACAAGAAGCUCGACCAUGUCCCGGGGACGGUCUUGCUAAACGAUGAAGCCGCUCACCAAGAGGCCAUCACCGAAGGCCUCAAGCACGGCAAGGGCAAAGACGCUCAUAUUGUCCUAUCACCCCAGCCCAGCGAGGAUCCAAAUGACCCCCUCAAUUGGCCGAUGUGGAAGAAGGAAGUUAUCACCGCCAUCCUGUGUUUGGGGGCCAUGUUGAAUGCUGGUACAAACGGUCCAUUUCUUAAUGCAUCUUACUUCCAAAUCUCCCAGCAACUUAACAUGGACUUGACGACGGUUGUGCUCGUCUCUGGUUAUAACCUUCUCGCUGCUGGAGCCUCUGGCCCUUUUGUUUGUGCUUUCAGUCGCAAAUAUGGUAAACGUCCCGUGUUUCUGGUCUCGACGCUCUUCGACAUCAUUGGAACUGCCGUCGGCCAGGCCAAGAUCGACUACAAGUACCUGUUGGCUGCGCGUAUAAUCCAGGGCUUUUCAACUUCGGCGUUUGAGUCUCUGAUCGUGUCGACCGUCGGUGACAUGUACUUUGUCCACCAGAGAGGUCUCCGCAUUUCGGUCAUCAACUUCAUCCUCAACGCGGCAUCCAGUCUGGCGUCCAUCAUAUGCGGCCAGGUUUUCCAGAACCUUGGUUGGCUAUGGCUGUUCCACAUGUUCCAGAUAUUCUGUUGCGUUCAAUUCGUCCUCAUGUUCCUCUUCUGUCCAGAGACGACGUACGUCAGAGACUCACACUACGACACUGAUCAGUCCGCCGAGGUAGACGAAAAGGGCCUGACUGAACUGGCUACCAUCGAGCAUUCGCACAAGGAGCAUACGGGAGAGCCAGGACAGGGCGACUCACCCGGCUAUGUCGUGCCGAAGAAAAAGACCUUUGUCCAGGAACUUGCUGUCUUCACAGGUGUGUAUUCCAGAGACAGCAUCUUCAAAUUCCUGUUCGGGCCCUUCCUUACGCUUCUGAACCCUGCUGGAUGCUAUGCAGUCAUCGCUUCCGGUCUGCUUAACAGUUGGUAUGUCGGGUCGGCAAUUAUCCUCGCAGGCGUGUUUGCCGGGCCGCCGUGGCAAUUCAACGCGGCGCAGAUUGGUUACCUCGGUGCUGGUCCAUUCGUUGGAGGCCUCCUUGGCUCUCUCGUUACCGGAUUCUGGGGCGACCAUGUCAUCAAAUACCUCACUCGCAGGAACAAGGGUGUCUACGAACCUGAAUUCCGCCUCGUCUUCAUGAUACCCACCGGCAUUGCUUGCGGUGUUGGGAUGUUCCUCUUCGGCUAUACCAUGGAGGUCGGAUCUCCCGCUGAGCUCUGCGCUUUCUUCCAAGGUGUCAUGAUGUUUGGCGUCUUGAUCGGAAUCUUCUCGACGUUGUCCUAUGGUUUGGAUUCCUUCCGGAGCCAGAGCAACGAGAUAUUCAUCAUGAACAUGCUUUUCAAGAACUUUAUGUUUUACGGUCUCUCAAAUUUCGCGAACGACUGGGUCGCCUCUAGUGGUCCGGAGCAGAUCAUGUACGUCUUUGGUGGUACGUCUGUGUUCUUGUCGUUGCUCGGUCUUCCGGUCUAUAUCUACGGAAAGAGAUUGAGGAGCUGGUGGGCUAGACAUGACCUCUUCAAGAUCUUGAAGAUGGAGACCUCAGGUCCUGUUAGCGAAAUGGGUUAA